GAGUCAGGACAAUUGCAAUUGAGAGAGUGGGAGGUUUGGCAGAAGGAAGAGGAUGAGGAGCUGGAAAGUGAGCUCGAAAGUGCCGCGACGCGGAGUUCCAGUUGCGACUAUCAUUGCCCGCAUCUCGGUGAUUGGUCGGAUCCCGGAGCUGUAUCUUUAUAUGCGCAUGCAGUAACUUAUAGUAUGUUCUUGAGACUGCAGCUCAUGCUCUGUCUUCAAGUACUCCUUCCUAUCGACUUUAUCGCAGGGACACUCAUCAAGGCUAAUCCAUUCCAGGCUGUUACUGACCAUUCAUUAGUUCUUUCCGUCAAUUCGAUUCCAAGCAAUCCCAUACGUAGUCACGGCGGGAUCAGGUCAGGUGACCGACGAGGCCAUGGAUUGAAUCCCUUCUCUCCAGGAGAUAUACUUGGGUUCUCAGCCAAUAGUACAGAGGAGUCACGCUACAAUACUUUCCAUCUAUUUUCACUGCUACUGGUACAAUUUAUCCGGGCUGUAUAGCGGAUCAUCUCCGUGAUCUCCUCACCAGCGAAACUGAAGGGAGCGAUAAAACUCUCCGGGCUGGAU